UAUGUCUGUGUAGAUAUAGAUAUAUAUAUAGCCAUGACUAUAAAGCUGUCUAUAUAGAUGCGCCUCGCAAGGAGGAGCCGAGCCAAAGCGCUCUAAACGGAGGCCUUUGCAGAGAAGGCGCGGAAUGGCGGCCCUGGCGACCCAGACCCUUGGAACGAAGGGCGCCACACGCGGGAUCUAACCCGGGCCGAACCCGCUCCAAGCGCGCUCUCCCUUCCCUUCCCUUCCCUCCCUGAGGAAGGCAGGGGCCGAUGGAGUUCCGCGGGAAGCGCUACGAGCGCGGGAGCAACUGGUCGGAGGCGGAGGUGUGGGCGCUGCUGGGGCUGUGGGCGGACGCGGCGGUGCAGGCGGAGCUGGAGAGCUGCCUCCGCAACCAGCACGUCUUCAACCGGAUCGCGGAGGUGCUGCGCGGGAAGGGCGUCCACCGCACGGGCGACCAGUGCCGGGAGAAGAUCAAGAAGAUGAAGCUGGAGUACCGGCGGGUCAAGGACAACCCCAAGGCCGCCCCGAGAGGAGCGGGAGCAGGGGCCAGGGCCUGGAAGUUCUACGGCGCCAUGGACCGCGUCCUCUCCGGCAGGCAGCCCUUGGCCCACAACGGCGGCGGCGGCGCCCUCCCUGCCGGGCCCCUUCCUCCUCCUCCUCAGCGGCCCUCGGGGCCCCCUGCCUCCGCCUCCUUGGCCUUCCAGGCCCCGCAGUCCCCCGUCCAGCUCAUGGAGAUCAAGUGCGAGGAGGUCGAGGAGGAGGAGGAGGGAGAGCAGGGACUCCGGCCCCAGCCCCCUUUCCCUCCUCCUCCUCCGGGGGACUCGGCCGAGGAGGAGCAGGAGGCGGAGAGGUCGCAGGAGGGCUCCCCGGCCUCCAGAGGGGAGGCCCCUCUCGACACAAGCGUCUCGCCCUCAGGUUUCAGUGAGCCCAAUAUGGCUUCUUCCUCCCGGAUCCAAAGUCUUGGGCCGCGACCUGGUUUUUCCACUUUGCACUACUUGAGGAAGAAGCGGAAAGCCCAGAGGCUGAGGGAUCCCCUGGAUGCACUCUUGCUGAAGACCCUAACUGCACAGAGGGAAAUGGAAGAACGCUUUUUGCAAAUGGAAGAACGUCGACUCCAGCGUGACCUGGAGGUAGAGGAGCGGCGGAUGCAGCUGGAGCAGCGUCGUUUUGAACUGGAACGGGACCAUGAAUUCCGCAUGUUCAAUGUUUUUGCCCAGAUGCUCAGCAUCUUAAAACAGAGCAAUACUGGUUCCUCUGCAAGUGGACAGCCUCAGGGUAUGGAGCUUAACCAAACAUUUUCAGAAAGCCCAGGAGCAGGAGAACGGGUACAGGAGGAAGGACAGACCUCACAGCUAGGGCGACCCACUUUGGACAGGACAACCAGUGUAUACAGUUUCUACAACCAUAAUGAUUUCCAAAGCAGCCCCUAUCUCUCUGUCCGAGGCAGCAUUGCUAGCAUCUGCUGGGGCUCAACAGAAGAAGGUUAUAAUGCUUAUCAUGCUGACAAGUAUGAUGAAGACAAAAAUCCCAACGGUAUCAUUAAUUUUGGCACAAGUGAGAAUAAACUCUGCUUUGAUCUGAUGUCCAAGCGGUUAACGCAAAGUGACAUGAAUGUCAUGGAGCCUCCAUGGCUGCAGUAUCCAGACUGGAAGGGCCACAUGUUCUUGCGAGAAGAAGUGGCUCGAUUUUUGACCUAUUACUGUAAAGCACCUGCACCUCUUAAAGCAGAAAAUGUGAUUGUGCAAAAUGGCUGUGGCUCUCUGUUUUCUUCUUUGGCUACAGUUCUCUGUGAUCCAGGAGAAGCCUUCCUGAUUCCCUCCCCUUUCUAUGGAGGCAUCACCCAAAGUGUGUUUCUGUAUGGAAAUGUCAAGCUGGUCUAUGUCUAUUUAGACAGUCAGAUCACUGGCACUCACACCCGUCCUCCAUUCCACACUGUGGAUAAGCUCAGGAAGGCCUUGCAGGAUGCACAUCAGAGGGGUGUCAGGAGUACCCGAUCCACAGAGAACCCAUGCAUGUGGGAACUACUAAGGAAUAGGUAUCUUGCCCUAAAGUGCAAUGGACCAGUUACAGACUCACUCUGUGUGGGCACAGCUCUGCCCUCACAUGACAAAACAGAUGCGAUGACCACAGGGUGUGUUGGGAAGCCACCAGGCAUGCAGAGGAUUCGAGAGGUUCUAGAAGAAUGCGAACAUGAAAUCCUGAUUGAAAAUAAAGCCCAGUCCUGCCAGUCUGACUCAGAAGGAAAAGCAGACAGCACAGAUGAAGUGAUCUUUGUGUCCCAUCGCCAAGAGCCUGUCUCUAGUGGUAGUGCCACUCUGGGUGAUCUUAUUGGCCUUCUGCAACAGCAAAUGCGUUCAUCUGACUGGCUGCAAAAAAACACAGUGGAGCAGUUUGCAGAGGAGAAACCAGAGGUCUAUGAUGUUUUCAGCAAGUUGGUGGGGAAACAAUAG